UUAAGGGUCCGGUAUGCCUGCCUCCUCGGGCCAGCCCAGAUCACACCCUGCUGGGCAAAGGAGGAAGAGCCAGAGGAUCCAGAUGCCUUGGAGGACUCGGAACACCUGUUAACAGGACACGAGUUCUGCUUAGGCACGUGGCCACAGAAAACUACUUGGGAAGCCUGCGGUGAGAACAACAAGCUCCAGCUCCUGGAGAAUCCCAGGGCUCUGGUGAAGUGAGCCCGAGGAUGAGGCUGCUCGCCUGGCUGAUUUUCCUGGCUCACUGGGGAGGUGCCAGGGCUGAACCAGGGAAGUUCUGGCACAUCGCUGACCUGCACCUUGACCCUGAUUACAAGGUAUCCAAAGACCCCUUCCAGGUGUGCCCAUCAGCUGGAUCCCAGCCAGUGCCCAACGCAGGCCCCUGGGGUGACUACCUCUGCGAUUCUCCCUGGGCCCUCAUCAACUCCUCCAUCUAUGCCAUGAAGGAGAUUGAGCCAGAGCCAGACUUCAUUCUCUGGACGGGAGCUGUCCCUUCCUUUUCUUCUGCCCCUUCCUAAUUGGCUUGGUGGUGUUUUGUAGUGAUGACACGCCUCACGUGCCCGAUGAGAAACUGGGAGAGGCAGCUGUACUGGAAAUUGUGGAACGCCUGACCAAGCUCAUCAGAGAGGUCUUUCCAGAUACUAAAGUCUAUGCUGCUUUGGGAAAUCAUGACUUUCACCCCAAAAACCAGUUCCCAGCUGGAAGUAACAAGAUCUACGAUCAGAUAGCAGAACUAUGGAAACCCUGGCUUAGUAACGAGUCCAUCGCUCUCUUCAAAAAAGGUGCCUUCUACUGUGAGAAGCUGCUGGGUCCCAGCGGGGCUGGGCGAAUUGUGGUCCUCAACACCAAUCUGUACUAUACCAGCAAUGCGCUGACAGCAGACAUGGCGGACCCUGGCCAGCAGUUCCAGUGGCUGGAAGAUGUGCUGACCAAUGCAUCCAAAGCCGGGGACAUGGUGUACAUCGUCGGCCACGUGCCCCCAGGGUUCUUUGAGAAGACGCAAAACAAGGCAUGGUUCCGGGAGGGCUUCAACGAAAAAUACCUGAAGGUGGUCCGGAAGCAUCAUCGCAUCAUAGCAGGGCAGUUCUUCGGGCACCACCACACUGACAGCUUUCGGAUGCUCUAUGAUGAUGCAGGUGUCCCCAUAAGCGCCAUGUUCAUCACACCUGGAGUCACCCCAUGGAAAACCACAUUACCUGGAGUGGUCAAUGGGGCCAACAAUCCAGCCAUCCGGGUGUUCGAAUAUGACCGAGCCACACUGAGCCUGAAGGACAUGGUGACCUACUUCAUGAACCUGAGCCAGGCAAAUGCUCAGGGGACGCCACGCUGGGAGCUCGAGUACCAGCUGACCGAGGCCUAUGGGGUGCCGGACGCCAGCGCCCACUCCAUGCAUACGGUGCUGGGCCGCAUCGCUGGCGACCAGGGCACACUGCAGCGCUACUACGUCUAUAACUCAGUCAGCUACUAUGCUGGGGUCUGCGACGAGGCCUGCAGCAAGCAGCACGUGUGUGCCAUGCGCCAGGUGGACGUUGGCGCUUACACCACCUGUCUGUAUGCCUCUGGCACCACACCCGGGCCUCACCUCCCGCUGCUGCUGAUGGCCCUGCUAGGCCUGUGCACGCUCGUGCUGUGACCUGCCAGGCUCACCUUCUUCCUGGUAACGGGUAACGGGGGCAGCGCCCAGGAUCAUCCAGAGCUGGGCCUUCCACCAUUUCCUCUGCGCCUGAGGAGUGAACUGAAAUAGGACAACCGAGUCAGGAAGCGAAGCCCCAGGAGCUGCAGCUCUCCGUGAUCGCGCCACUGCACUCCAGCCUGGGUGACAAAGCCAGACUCUCUCCAAAAUCCAAAAACAAACCAGAAACAGAAAAGAAAUGACGACCCAAGACCCCCCCACAAGCAUACUUCUUUUGCGUUUUAUGUUUUAUUCACAAAACAAAGCUCAUCAUGCGUUUGAUUCUG